CGCUCACUCGCUCCCCAGCCUCGCGUCCGCCGCUUUCGUUCCCGUCGCUUCCAGGGACGCUCGUGUGCCUACCUGGUGUGGGUGUUAAGUGUGUGCGUCGACGGAACGUGCCCACAUAUACACACACACACAGAGACAGACACGCCCCCUUACCCUUACUCUCAACCUCCUACACCUACACAGACACGCGCACGCACACACACACACGCACACACACACACAUCCACACACGGACACGCAGGCACACACACGUCAAGACACCUGCAGGUCCACACCGUUGCCGUCGGGAGUCGCACACAGGUGGGCCGGACGCUCCACCUCCGCUCGGCGACGGGCUCCAAGCUCGGCGAUUUCCUCACAGGGAGCCAGGGAGUGAAGGGGAGUGCAGCGGCCCCUCGGAGAGCGCUCGCGGGAAGUGGUUUCGCAGUUCUCGCUUGCGUGGCCGAGACCCUACAUGCAAGACUAACCAUUUGCACAAAGGCAGUGAUGGGCGUGUAUGGACGGCUGACGUCGGCCGGUGGAGGCGUCCCCAACGAUGAGGAAGACACCGCCCACCUCCUUUCGACCUCCUCCCUCUCCUCCCCCUCCCCCUGUCCCUCCUCUGCUUCCCCCUCCCCGCCCCCCUCCUCCUGUCAUGUCGCCAGGAGAAGAAGAGGUUCUCCGCUGAUGACCAGAGUGCUGAUGCUCUCGCUGUGGCUGAUCCUACUGGUGACGCAGCAGGCGGGCGUGGAUGCCAGGGCGGCGGCGGGCAACAUCGAGCGCAUCAGCCUCGGCGAGACGGCCCGGACCAUCUCGUGUCCUUCGGCGACUGAGAUCCACCCCUGCGCUUGCCGGGUUAUGAAAAAAGGUCUGGACAUCGUCUGCGACCACGCCGACGAGAAGCAUGUCCGCAACGCCUUGGAUGUCCUCAAGAAAAAGCCCUUUACUAUCUUCUGGAUGAAGUUCCGCAAUUGCAAACUGCAGCGGAUUGCAGACUACGUAUUCCUGGGGCUGGACGUACGGCACCUCAACAUCAUCCGCAGUAACGUGUCCGCUAUCGAGAGGUCAUCGCUGUCGGCGCUCGGGAGCACGAUCGAGGCGCUGGACUUGGCAAACAAUAACAUCCGAGAGGUUCCAACCCCCGCUCUCGCCAUGCUGAAGAUGCUGACCUUCCUCAACCUCAACUACAACCAGAUUCAAGUGCUGAACGAGGGCGCCUUCGCUGGCCUGAGCUCCCUCGAACGCCUCUCCCUUUACGAGAACAAAAUCCAGCACAUCCACAAUAACGCUUUCAAGGAUAUCGGAAGGAAACUCAUGCGUCUUAACCUUGGGAAAAACAACCUGGACGACAUUCCUACAGAUGCCUUCCACCCCCUGAUUAAUCUCGAGGUGUUGGAUCUUCACGAAAACCGCAUAAGGCACAUCCCUGAUAAUGCUUUCCAAGGCCUAACCAAACUGGACAUGCUCAAACUGGAACACAACCUCAUUACGACCAUCCAGGACAACGUGUUCAGUGACCUCUCCGUGCUGAACUCCCUGAACAUUGAACACAACCAUAUUGUCAACGUUAGCGAUAGAGCCUUUGCUGGCCUGGAGAGUAACUUGGAAUGGCUUGAGAUGGGGAACAACCGGCUCGACCAUAUCCCUUCCCACGCCCUCCGCCCGCUGCACAACCUCCGCCAGCUGGACCUCGACGCCAACAAGAUCACGGAAGUCAGAGAAGAUGCUUUCAAGGGAUACGGCGACACGAUCAAGUACAUUCUCCUGGACAAAAACCGAAUCACACACAUACCUGCACUCGCCUUCGUUGACCUGCACUCCCUGGAAUGGUUAAAACUCUCUCACAAUGAGAUAACAACGUUGACUGAAGACACUGUUCAGCCCAUCCUCGAUACUGUUACCAUGAUUGAUGUGUCUAAGAAUCCACUGAUCUGCAACUGUGACCUGCUGUGGCUGCGGAGCUGGGUCAGCAACCCCAACAACAAGGACCCGGCAGAGGAGAUGGAGUGUGUGACCACCGACCAAAAGUCCCACAGCAUUAAGAACCUACCCAUCGAGGAAUUCAACUGCCCGCUACACUUAACAACGUCGAAGCAACCCUCUCCGUCUUCUGCAGCCAUGCUCGCCUGCUCGCCGGUGCUCACAGCCGUGGCCAUUGCUUCAACCCUGCUCUGAGACUCCGUUCUGACUCCGUUAUCCAGCGCACACACUCAUCCACCGACAUGUUUUUAUAAUGUCCUUUUUUUAGGCCUUUAAUGUACUUGUCUCCCUUCUCUCAGCUGUGUGCAAUGCAACAACACUAGCUUGACAUUAGUGUCGCAGACUGGCCCCGGAGGGACCCAGGCCUCGCCCAGGGGCCUCGCCGCGGGCGCUGUCGAGAGGAUAGCCGCCUGAAAUGAGCACCGCAUAUACAUGUGCAUGUAUGUUCCCAACAUGCAAAUGAUCGUGCAUACAUACAUAUAUACAUAUGUGUGUGUGUGUGUG